CUGAACCCUCUAUGCGAAAGUCGUUGUGUGAAAUGUGCAUCAUGCUUUCUGGACUCAGGAUGUGGGUGAUUUUAUUCUGCUAUUUAUUAGCACAAGCUAAGACUUACCCGUUACAAGAAUGGCCUGUAUACUCGCAAGCACCACGGGAAUACCCCGAAGAUGACUACUAUUACGCUCCAAAAGUUCAAUAUUAUUAUGAUGCGCCAGCCAUAAACGUACCUGAAGUUUACGGUCAAGUUCCUUACACAUAUUUUUAUGACCCUUAUGGUCACUUUGCUAACGAAGCGCCAAAGAGACAAGAAGAAAGGCUAGCCGCGCUGCCGAUCGGACAAGAGACAUGGUUCGAAAGCGAGUCGGCACCCCGCUGGAGGUCUAACAAUAUCGAUGACGUCAAUGCAGCUUUCCUUGAUAAUUUGAUACUAACGCAAAUGGCUCAAGAUGCACAAAGACGACGAGAAAAUGCUCGAGCGGCGUUUUCAAACAUGGAUUAUGAAGAAAAAGACAACGAAGACGAAGACGUCAGAGAACUGAAGGCUUUAGCGGGGAAGCCAUUCUACCAUGUUCCGAAAACUGUUCCUAGAAUUGAAGAAGACGAUUAUGCUGAUGACGAUGCUGAUAGCUUUAUUAACUGGAACGGGAAUAAAAGAAGUGUCACCACCGCAGCACCCGAACCCAGCACGCAACAACCAAAGAAUGGUCAAAAAGAAGUCGUCAUGCCACGGCCGGCACAGAUUUCGCACAUUUUUAAAAACCAUCAACCCAAUCAAGAUAAGAACUCACCAUUUUACAACACCAUCACGCAGUUGCUAGAAAAACAAGGGCAUGAAACUUCGAAAGGACGAAGAAUCGAUAAACGUUUCGUCGCCGGUGACUCCGAUCUUGUCGUCGAACUUCGAGGAUUGAAACAUCGCAUCGCAACCUAAACGAAUGCAGCUUGAUUACCGCCAACUUACAUGAGACUGAAUAUUAUUUUAGAAUAGUAAAUACUAAAAGCAGAGACCUGACAAACUGAACGCGCAGGCAAUCAAAAACCAAAAAAAGUAGGAUAGGUUAUUUUCUAAAUUUUUAUCCGCAUUCAUCAUAUUACAUUUAUUUACAAUUUCUGAAUUAUAUUCUUGCCGCUCAAUUCAAAUGCAAUGUAAAAAACAUCCAUCUCGAUUUACGAUUGGUAUCUAUCUCGCUCGGUAGAAAUAAAUUCAGUACAGAUAUAUCUCAACAAAGUAAUCGAUUGACUAUGUACAUAAUAAAUAACAAUUUCGGAUCCUUUUCGAUUCUUUACUAGUUUUGAUAAAUAUCGUAGCAGUUACGGAUGUCUGAACGUACAAAAUGUGACUAUAAUCACGAUUUCUGAAAAGGUUGUUGAGUGUAUAUUAACAUAGGGAGAUGUAAAAUAUAUGUUCUUCGAACGAUUUGUUCCCUUCAUUUGGCAGCUAAUGUCUCGCACCACUGAUUGUGCAUUUGUAAAUAAUAUAUUAGAUAUAUAAUGUAUUCUUCUAAGACUUAGAUAGAAAAUAUAACAUGAAAUUGUUAUUUUUUGUAAACAAAAUAAUUUUUGUAUAGUAGGUACUUUUUGCUAAAGUAUAUAGUUUUGUGUUUACUGGGCAAAGACUUAAUAUUUUCUGCGCAAAACUGGAACCUAUUUUAACUAAUAAGGACUCUACUUUUGUAAAUGGAACAGAGAAAAUCACGUCCAUUUCGAUACGACCCCAUUAAAAGAUGCAUUUAUAUUAUAAGUAUACGGAUCUAGGGUAGACGUUUGGGUAAAUGAAAUCGGUAGAUAAUAAUACAUUUAUGAUAAAAUCAUUACUAAAGCACGAUAGAAUUUAUUGAUGACCAUUACUUUCACAACUAGCCGUCAUACAGAACAUCUUCUUAACUUUUCUUAAACUGUACUGAAACUAAGCAAUUUUGUAUCCACCAUUUUCUAAUGUAAUAUUAUUAUCGGGUGCUAAUUAAUUAUUAUUUGUUUUCUAUUUUUCUUCUACGGUCUAAGCAGACAAUAUACAGUUAAUCUUUUUGCAAAGCAAAAAUUAUUGAGUAAAGUAUACUUACUUUGUUAACUGUAAGAAUGAAAUGAUUCUCUCGAGGAGCAGAGGAUUAGGUGAUAUUUUAGCUUUACAGCUUCGUAACUAAUGUUUGUAAGACAGCAGGUCUCUGAGACCUUUGUUAAAAUUGAAUUUGUAUGAAUUCCAAAUCUAUUUUAUGAAUUGUAUAAAUCAUACCUACUUAUAAUAAUCUCUUACUUUCCAAUUCCCUUAUUGUAUUCCAUUUCAUAUCUCCCUAAUGCGCAUUGAGUAUAAUGUCAUAUUUAUAUUAAUAAUAUUAUAGUCCUUUUAUAAUACUUUUAUUCACCUUAAAGUAAUUAAAAAUAAUUAUCUUUCUAAAGUACAUAUCUGUUCAUAAUAGUAACAAAUUAAGUUUCCACGUUUAGAUAAAAUUCGAUCCAAUUCCUAAAAUUAGUUCUUAAGUAAAUUAUAAAAUACAAUGUUAAUGUGACCUAUAAAGUAUUACUAGAUCAUGAUAAUAAUUCUUUAUCUUGAAUGUGAGAAUUUCCCUUUUGUUUUCGCAUUGAUGUUUAGUUGUUAGUACAAGUUUGUGUGUAAAUACCUACUUUUCUUUUUAUGUUCGGUAAUAGAGGUAAUAAUGCCUUUAGAUAGAUAGUGGAUAUCAAAACUUCGCGUGUGAAUGUAAUAUAUACCGGCCUACUUAAUGUUUAGAAGAUUUUUGCGGGGAAUUUUUGUAGGCUCAAAAUAUCACUUUACAUACACGACUAUCCCUAUAUAUAUUUUAUAGAGAUUGUAUUAGCGUACCUUUUUGUUAUUAUUUCGAGUUAACUUAAAAUAAGACAUACCUACCAAAAUCAAUACAAUUGAACUAUCAGAGGACCGUAACGACAUAGUGUCCUGAAAAAUCGAAAAAUAAUUAAAUAUUAUAUUAAUUACAA